AUGUCCGGCAAUCCUGGGCCGUCACGGCGUACUGUACCUAUGGAUGACGAAAGGAAAUCCAAGCGACUUCUUGAGGCGCUCACUAAAGCCGGUGCUACUCGGGCAAACAAAAAGGUACAGAUGUUUGAUAUUGUUCCGUUGCUUUACACAAAAGUUUAUGCGAACGCAAAUGCACCUGGAGUCAGUCAGAGGUAUGAUUAUCAAAAACCGCAGGUGAUGCAACCAUUUAGCACAUCAAUAUGUGUGGAUGAAGCCUCAUCAUCAACCUCGUCGCAAUUGGCCGAAGUGGAACUUAUCAAAUGUCACCCCCUGAUGCCAGUGCUUGAGUUACUGUGUGAAAAAUGUGGCGAUGCUACACAUACAAUGCAUCCAAGAGCGUUUCAAAUGAAUGACGUAUGUCAGGUGGGCAUGUUCAUGAUUUGCUACGCUUACCCCUAUUAUCAAUGGGAAUGUUAUUUUGUGUGCGUGUAUGAGCGAGAAAAUAUCACGUCGAACAACGAGGUUGGCUUGUUGUCUACCGUAUUGUUAUGA